AAUUCGAUAGGCGCUCAGCAAUCAUCCUUGGAAGUAGAAAAUUUUCUUCCCGGAAAUCAAUUUCAGAGUUGGGUGGUCAGAAAUAUCGCAAGCUUAAAAGUUCAGAGUCGUAACAUUCAGGACACCUUGGAUGCAAUAUUACUUCAUUUGGAUGGACAGAAAAAGCCCCAAGAUGAAAUUCGUCAUCAAAUUCCACUGAUGAAUAUGGAGGAUGUUAGCAAGGGGGCCGGCUAUUAUGAGAUUUUGGCCAACCGCGAGUCCCUGGUGACACUUUUAAGGCAGCGUGGUUGUAGUAAUGUUGCAAAGUGUACACGCCGCAUAUUAUCAAAACUUUGUGGGGAUCAGUUGGCCAACUGUUACAAUUGGAUCGGGUCAAGAGGAGGAAAAUCAGCGUUCUGUGAUGUAUGGAUGAAACAAGUAGUUUUCGAUACGGUUCGUCAAAGUUUACCAUCAAAGGCAGUGACAGAUGACGAGAUGGAAGCCGUAAUUAAGGAAUAUUUGAAAGCAGCAGCAAAACGGUUGAAGAAAAAUCAUUGUGCUGAUAUCGCUGGGACAAUUUCCGAUGGUGGAUCAGACUUUAUUAAUCAUGAGGAGUCGGAUGACAUAUAAUUUUUAACCAUUAAUCAUUGUUCUCUGUUUGUUAUGAUUAAUUGAAAUAAUUAAAAUGAAAUAAAGGCAUGUCAUGAACGGGAAAAA